AUGAACAAGAACGCGAAUCCGAAGCGGAGCUCUCGCUUGGCAGCCAAGGAAGAAGUCCGUGAGCAUGAAUCAAGAAAACGAGGCAGACCCUCAGCUGCCAACGAGCAGGAUGACAUCCUCCGCCUGCCGCUGCAUGCUGGCUCCUCCUCCGCCCGGAAAAACUCACCUGCCCGGCAAUCCCUUCCUGCAGCCGCGUUGAACGAGGGUCUUGGUUCAACUCAGCCGAACGCGUCCUCUACUGCCUCGGACGCGAACACACACACUCCGAAUGAGCGUGAGAGCAGCCGGAAGCCUCUGUCAAGCGACGGCACAGGCUUCGUCUCGUCCCCUCGCACCUCGGUUGGUUCAGUGUUGGCCGCGGCUCAAGCGAGGAAAGAAGCUAGCUUCAAUGCCCUCAACAUGCCGAAGCCGACCAACCCUGCGAAGAAGGUCACUGCGAACAAGGCAGCGGCACCUGUGCAUGAGAGCGUGAUGGCGAAGAAACAGAACGGGCCCUCCUCGUCACUGAGUCACGAGUCUCACGUCUACCAGCAGCUGGUCGAGGCCAGACGUCCGCAUGUGACCAACUUGGGACCUGGUGCUGCUGGACUGGCAGGCAAUGCCAACGGAAUGGGGGCGAAAGCUGGGAGUGUGAAUGGCGGGGUGGGUAUGCUCAAGGGAAGGAUGGAUGGUGGCGUGGGUAUGCUCAAGGCAAGGAUGGAGGCAGGUGGCAAGUCCUCCCCGGCUAGAGGAGCCAUGUCAACAGAGCUGGAACAGGGCUUGAAGCUCGCGAUCGAGCGAUGGAUGUCCUCGCGGGCCGCUCUUCCCAGAAGCGAUGGAGGAAAGUUCCAGUCAGAGAUCAAACGGCUGGCGUCGCGGAUAUUCUUCGAGAGCUUUGAUCAGGAGCGAGAGAUGCAUGCUGACGCAGGUCAGGUGGGGGCUGAGGAGCACGCGGGGUGGGAGACUACAAGGACCAAGUUCAGCUUUGUGGGAGACGGGCAGGACGGAGGAUCGAGCUCGAUGGAGUUUCUGUCAACUCGGCAUUUCUUCUCGGGCUCGAUUCUUGGGAGGGAUGAGCAAUUCCGUCAGCUGCAAUGGAAGCUAGAUUUCGAGCUCACCGGCGCUUUUUCCCUCUCCUUCCACACCCAGUCGCUUCAAUGCUGUGAAGAUGUGGAAUGGAUCUUCCUGGAGAAUCUCAAGCGGCUUCUUCGCACAGAGAUCAGCACAGCAGAGCUUGCGAUCCUCAUCAUGCUGGCUGGCAACGCGAAGAAAGGAAGUGUGGGAUGGAAGGACGUGGAGGAGAUGUGCUUCUGGAGUGAUGGGUUCUCGAUGCCUGAGUUCCGUGUAUUGUAG